AGUUAAAUGAAAAAACUAUAAAUCCAAAAAACACCAAUCACCAGUUUUUGAUCUCCCAUUAUUCGCUUCUCUGUUCGUUUUGCCCCCACCAAUUUUUUUAGAUUCUAUUAAUUUACAGUUUUUUCUUCAUUCUUUUUGGUUUUUUAGUUUCAAUACUUGAAAACAUCGACGUUUGAGCUUCCCAGUCUUAGAACAGAAAAAACCUAAACCUAAAAAAGAACAAAACGACAAAAUAAAAAUAAAGAUACAAAUCUUUGGGAGCUUUUUUUUUUCCUUUGUGCAUGGCGUUACAAAUCGAGUCCAUAGCUACGAGUGAUUCAAUUCGUUUUAUUCUUCAGAUGACAAUAUAUUCACUUUGUACACGUUUGAUUCUCUAGUUUGUGAAUCUGCUUACUAUUGAAGGAUUUGUUGUCCGCAACCGGGUCUCGUGCAGAAUUACUACAAGGAAUAAAGAUCUUAUGAUACAUUUGAUCUGCCAUUGAAGAAAACGUUUCGAGUCAUCUUACUAGGCAGGACAGAUGGAUGAAAAUAAUGAGGCAAAGUUAACCGGAAUCAGGCAAGUCGUAAGGCUUAAGGAGAUUUUGCAGAAAUGGCAAACCGUAACUAUAGGGUCCAAGUCAGAUGUUCCACCAUUGGCAGCUGGAAAGCAAGCGGCGGCAAUGAUUUCACCGGCGAUCAACAAGAGGCUAUUAGCUGUCAAGAACUGUGACUCGGAUGAGGAAAAUUGCCAAAGCCCUGAGCCUCCGGUUGAUGUUCCCAGAGGGUAUCUUGCGGUUUAUGUUGGACCCGAGCUAAGGAGGUUUAUCAUACCAACAAGCUAUCUCGGCCACUCUUUGUUCAAGGUGUUGCUCGAAAAGGCAGAGGAAGAGUUUGGGUUUGAUCAGAGUGGCGCCCUCACCAUACCUUGCGAGGUCGAGACUUUCAAGUUCUUGGUUAAAUGCAUGGAGAACAAUUCUAAAGAUCAUCACCCGGACGAUGGUUCUGCUGGAGAUGCAGUAGCAGCAAUGGAAGAGUGUACACAAAUCAAGUGAUAAAAACUGUUCAAAACAUUUCUUUUGUUUUUAUGAUUAUUCUUAUCCUUUGUUUAAUUUGUUUACCAUAUAUUGAUGGAAAUUGUAGGAAUGAUUAACUACUCUGGGGUGUAAUUGUACAUCCCUGGUUUUUAUUUCCUUCUCCAUUCUUUUUCAAGAGACGAUUUAAGUUUCUAGGACAUAUAUGUGAAAGGAUUUGGUGAUGAAAAUGUCACAAGAUUUAAUAAAACAUAACCUCUUGUAUAAAAAUGUGUUAAU